UCUUCUUUUUUCUUUCUUCUUUCUUCUGUUCAUUCAAUCCAUUCACAGAGAUUUUAUAAAAAUAGAUUUACUCAUUUACAUACAGAUUAUCACGUCGCUUGGUCUUCUUCGUUUUAAUGUCGAACGGUUUUGGGUAGUUAAUCAAAUUCCGUAAUUUGAAACCGCCAUGUCUCAACUUAUAAAUACCAUGGAUUCUCAUACCGUUCUUCCCACUUUCGAUUUCUGUUUUUUUUUUCAAAAUGUGUGAUAAUAAUCUAAGCUUCCUGCAAGAUAUCGAAUCUUGGCAGGAUGAAGAGCCAACCGUUGUGCCCCCUUUAAUGUGCGCCGAAGCCGUGCGAUUGAAUCGUUUUUCCAUUGUUGGCGUACUUGUUAACCCAGAGAAACAAAGUAUGAGUGCGUUGAUUAAUCAGAUGCCUUGCAUUUGGGGCGUAACUGAAAAAGUCAUUGGUCGGGUUAUUGACUCCCGAAGGUUCCAGUUUGUGUUCAAGACAGAGGACGCCAUGAACAGAGUGUUGGAAAAAAGUCCUUGGUAUUUUGCUGAUAGGUUGAUCGUUUUGAAGCGUUGGGCUCCCACCGUUACUGAAGAAAGCUUAAAGAAGGUUCAGUUCUGGGUUCAGAUAAGGGGAAUCCCUCCUCAUUAUCUAUCGAGAGCAAUAGUCGAUUUCGUUGGAGACAAACUUGGACAAGUUGUUGACGUUGAAUUUGACGACUCAACAAACCUUACGGACUAUGUUUGGGUUCUGGUGAACUGGAACAUUGACAACCCAUUGCGUUUUAAACGUAACUAUGAAUUUGGUGUUGGUGAGAUUCACAUGUUGUCUUUUCAUUAUGAUCGACUAAUGAAUUUCUGCAACAAAUGUGGAAUGUUGACACAUGAUGUGAAGGAAUGUCCUCUGCAUAUUGAUGAUGAUGCAUGCAAAUGGCGAGAUGAUGGUGUGUCUGGAGAUAAAGCUUGUGGUUUGAGCGUGGAUGAAGAAGGACAAGUUGUUACAAAUGCCUUUGCUGAGAAGGCUAUGAAGGUCGGAUCAUCUGGUGAUUCGUCUGUUCCCAUUUCAUAUAUUCCUCCAAUUGAUUGUGAUAAACUUGCGGAAACAUUACGAUAUGUUAAAGCAAAGCUUGUUAAGGGGAAGUCCCUUAUGGGACCGAAAUUGGGUCCAGCAGAUGCUAUUUCUAUGCCUGUAUGCUGUCAAGAAAAUGAUCUUUAUAAUCCUAAAUCAGCAGAUGAGAAUCUAGUUAAGAAGCCUUAUUACGGGUUGCCUUCUUAUGAGGAAACAGACGCCGUGUAUAAUCCAAUGGAAACCCGAACCCCCGUUAAUAUCUAUCAUGAUGAUUAUAUCCAUGAAACUGUAACAAUAGGAGGAAGAGCUGGUUCUAAACGCAAGCGAGAUGAGAAUGUGAAAGAUACGUCUUUUGUGGUCCUGUACCCUGGCAGUAAGAAAGGAAGUUGUGAUGUUGGUGAUUUGGAGAAACAGUGGAGGCAGUUGGACUCGGACUGUAAAAUAGGGCAAGUUGAGGCUGGUCGCAUUUCCGUUUCUGAUGUGGCGAUGAACCCAAAAAUGAAGGUCGAAGUAUCUGAAUCUGUUGGUUCAUGUCAAUAUACUGACUGAAGGACGUUGUCAGUCGCUUUAUGUAGAAUGUUUGUGUAAUACAAUUACCACAAGUUGUUUCGGUAGUUUAAGUUUAGGGACGUAUUGUAUUGUAGGGUUACGUAAGACACAAGUUUAUUUUAUUAUGUUGUAUGUUUCUGCAAAACUUAUUGUAUUUAUGUUA